AUGUAAAAGAAAAAUGAAGAAGCUUGAAUGUGUCUUCAGAAGAAAAAAUGACUUGUUGGUACUAAAAUAUUUCGAUAAGAGAGCUGUGCACAUGAUCUCUUCCAUUCAUGAAGCUUCUAUGAGCGUGCUGAACAAGGUUGACCAAAAAACAAACAAUCUAGUGAUGAAACCCACAUGUGUGGUAGAUUACUGUCGACUGAUGGGAGGUGUGGACCUUUCCGAUCAAAUUCAUCAAUACUACUCGUGUCUAAGGAAAACUUCAAAGUGGUAUAAGAAAUUAUUUUUUCACCUACUGAACUUGUGUGUGAUCAAUGCAUACUUACUAUACACAAAAUAUUCUGAAGAUGUAAACAAGCUUGAUCAUUACAGAUUUCGGAGAGCUCUGUGCGAAUCUUUGUUAUUAGAAGCUCCUAAUGCUCCGAAGCCAUCCAUAUUUGCUGGCAGAAGAUCGACUGGAGAGAAGCCCCUCCGACUUACAGAGAGGCACUUCCCCGAGCUCAUCCCUGCGAAACCCGGUACCAAGAAGGCACAGCCAUCCAGAGACUGUAGCGCCUGCAACCCCCCAAAGAAACAACGUCAAGGGUAUAAACGUAAACAGACUAGAUUCUGGUGCUCAGAAUGUGAAAAGGUUCUAUGUGUUCCAAACUGUUUUCGUGUGUAUCACACAUUGGUUCAUUACAAGCGAGUUCUGCAGCCGGACGCUGCCCCUGGUCAAGAUGGUGAUCAUGCUGCUGACAGUUCCUCAGACUCCUCACAAGCAUAAAAUAGGUGCAAACUUGUUGAAAUAAUUAUCUAACCAGUCAGAAGUGAUUGAAUACAGAUAUUUAUUGCUACAUAACUCUCUUUUUCAGGUAUAGUGAUAGAACAUCAUAAUAUGACAUAUUUUCAAACUUGUGCCGAAGUCGAAUUUUUUUCUAAAUAUUUCAGUGUAUAUAUCAGUCAAGUAAGGCCAUGUAAGGCCAAACAAUAAUAGUUUAAAUUGAAAAUCAAGUCUGUUAUACUUAUAAAAGUGUGCUGAUAAAGAUUUUUGUAAAAAAAAUGCAGCUUUAAGUACUUUUUGACCUGUUUUUUAUUCUUACCUGUAUUUUACCUGUAAUUUUCACCUGAGAGUUUACCUGUGCAGGUAGAAGUGGUCAUGAUGACUUUGAAAAUGGGAGAUAAAUUAACUACAAACAAUGCUGAACAUAUUUCAUAUAGGUUUUAUUGAUGUAAUUCUAACAGUUUUUGUUUUAUUUCCAUUACAACAUACAAGGGUAAAAUUUUUAAAUACAUAACAAAUAUAGUGGCACUAAGUAGUUCUAGUAGUGAAUACUAUGGUGGCGGGCUAUCGGUUAAGGAGAGUCAUGUUUCAUUGACAUGCCUAUAGACAGUAUAAUGCUAAUAUAAGCGUGCUUUAACACUUUGUUUGUAUAUUAUGCAAAUGACGCUACGUUACAGUGUUAUAACAGUUAUGUAAUACUGUUUUUAGCUCUACUAUUCGAAGAAUAUGAGAGCUAUUGUAGUUGCCCCGGCGUCUGCUUGGUAAAAGUUUUUUGUAAAGUCAAAUAUCUCAAUUAUUGCUUGAGGUCAGAGAUUUUGAUUUGAAACUUCACAAAUGCAUGAAGGGUCAUAAUUGUAUGUCACUGACCAAGUUCCAUAACUCUAUCUUGCAUUUAGGCUGAUUUAUCUCCCCUUUUCUACUUAGUCUCUUGGUUAAUGUUUACAUUCAAGUUUUACAUAUCUCAAUAACUGUUAAAGAUAUUUAUUUAAACUUCACACAUGCAUUAAUCUAAGGGUCAUAAUUGUAGAUCACUGACCAAGAUCCAUAAUUCUAUCUUGCAUUUAGGCUGAUUUUUCUCCCCUUUUUCAACUUAGAAAUUCAUGGUAAAGUUUUGCUUGGAAGCUGUUAUCUCCAUAACUACUGAAGGUUUUGUGCCUUUUUUGGGACAAUUUUAUGCAUUCAUAAUAAUAAAGCAGUGAUUUACUUGAUAAAACAUCUUAAUAACAAGCCUUUGUACCUUUUGGGUCAAUUUUAUGUUUUCAUAGGUAAGCAUUAUUAGGCCGCUAUUCCAUUGGUACGCGAUCCGUGACCCGCGUCCGUGAUCCGUGUCUGGUGCAUGUCCGUGAGUAUUAUUCCAUAGGUACGUUAUUUUCUAUAUACUUUUAAUUAUAGUAUAGCGAACAGAGGAUAAUUAUUUGUAGAAUAUGAUAUAAUUUCAUUCUAAUACCAAAACCAUUUGUAACAUCAAAGAAUUAGGUAAAAAGAAAAAGGAAAAACAUUGAAUACCAAUUAGGUUUUUGAAUAACAUCUCUUUAGCAACCGAAGACCAGAUGUUGUUUUUCUUAAUCUGUAAUUGGUGCAUCAUAAACUUAUGGGUUCUCCAACACUAUUUUGGUGAGCUUUUUAGUAUUUUCUUUCGUAAUCGAUAAAGUAUUUAAUUUCGUUUGAGGCAUUUUUGUCGUGACGAGGCCUGUCCGUGACUGUCCACGUCCGUAAAAAAUCGCUAAUCCUGCGAAACGUCGUGGAUGCCGUCGCGGAAGCGGAUUGUAA